GUGUACGCCCAGUGAUUUGAUGGGAAAAAAAGCAACUCGGGAAGAUUGGACUUCGCAGAAGAGGCAUUUUUGGCUUAACCUGGGAGAGGCAAGAAUCAGCAGAAGAGAAGAUUCAUUACAAAACUAGACAUGGAAGGCGCCAUUAAAACAGUUGUCAUGCAGUACCUGUCUUCAGCACGGGGGAAGGAGAAUCUGGGUGGAAAGAACUUCCAGAAGUUAGUCCAGAGCCAGCUGGGAAACAUCCUUAGUGACACUGAAAGCUCUUCGGCAGUGAAGGAAAUGAUGAGAGGACUGGAUGACAACCAGGAUGGGAAGGUCAGUUUCCAGGAGUACAUGACGCUGGUAGGCUACCUAGCCACCUCACUGAGCGAGCAGAAGGCCAGCGGACAAGAAGACAAGCACUGAUGACACCUGUAAUGAUCAUUUGUGGAGCUGGGUUCUUACUCCAAGUACUCAUGGUAAAUAAAAUACCAUUUUCUAGACAAGCAAAACAUACUGGCUUUUUUUAGGAAAUAAUAUGCCAAAAUUAAGUGUUUUUUUCCCCUCAAAACAAGCAAAAUAUUCUGCCAAUAAAGUAAACAAACUAAUCUUAUGUCAAAACAGAAAAAAACACGAUUAUUUUGCUUACCCCAUAGGCAGAUUAUUUAGCUUCUUUUAGCAAAUAAUAAUAAUAAUUACUAUAAUUUUACCAUAUUAUUUCUCUUUUUUUAUGAUUCAUUUUUUUAUUGUCUUCAUUAAUUUAACAGCACAAGCAAUUUACAUAUUUUUACAUCCUUUAAACACACACUUUCCCCUCCCCUCCCCAACUGCAGUAAUUAGAUAUUGCUAUCAUAAAUCCAGUAAAUACAGAAAAAAUUAUAUAAACUCAAUGAAUAAAAAAGCACACAUACAGGAAUUAUUAAUAGUAAAAUAAAUAAAUAAACAACAGCACAAUAAUAAUAAUAGCUAAAGGAAUCAAAUAAGAUAAUUACACUUCUACCUUGCAUCUCCACACAGUAACCUUAUUCCUCCUCUAAAAAUGCCAAAUAAUUUCCCCAUCUUCUCUGAUAAACAUCCAAUUUAAAAAAGAAAUCAAUAUUUUUCAUAUGCGGCCACCUUUCCCAAUUCCGUAACCCAUUUUUGAAAUGAUGGUGGACCUGCUGAAUGCCAUCCCCUCAUAAGGAUUUGUCUUCCGAUCAUAAUUUGAAUUCACUCAGACAUCUUCACACCAGACCCCAACAUGAACGGGUCUCCCAAUACAUAUAUUCCAGGACAAAAGGAAAAAGCAGCAUCCAGAAACAUCCUGAAUGUAAUUGUGCACUUUAACCCAGAAUUCCUGUAUUUUAGAACAGGACCACAGGGCAUCCAUCAAGUCUCCUUCGCUCCCACAUCUCCAGCAUUCAGCAGUCUUUCAACCCAAGCCUGAAAAGUCAUCCAGUCAUCCAAAAAAAAACCUUUUAGCAUAUUAUUAUGUCUAAAACAAGAUCAUAUUUUUGCUUGUUUAGAAAAUGCUUCUUGAUUUAAGAAUUUUUGAUUUUUGGACUAGAAGCAAGACAAAAAAAAAAAGAAAUAAAUAAAAUAAAAAAUCUAAAUAAGAAAAGCCAUUUUUAACCUUUAAAACAUGUGGUUACUUCAGUUAUGCUUUGUGAGUUUACUGUCUGACAACUAGCCUCUAGUCUCCAGUAAAAUAUAUAUAAUCUUGCAAUUAAACUACAAUGAUCUGAAACACUUUAAAAGUCUCUGAUAGUACAAUGGAAAUCUAAUCUACUGUUUACACAUAUUGACAUUUUACAAGUACAAACAGUGCCAAGUACAAGUGCAAAUCUCAUGGGCUUGUUUUUGUACAUUUUAUCCUGUUGUCUGAAUUCUAUGUAACAGUUUUCCAUUUUAGUGCUCAUUUGUGUUUGUGUUAUUGGAAACAAAAUAUGCCUGAUUAGUGCUAGCUUAGAGAAGAAACAACAAUGCAUGAGUAAUGAAUGUAAGCCAUCAAAUACACUACAAAACAACUGACGAUAUACUCAAUGUACUUCACUUCUGAAUUGUCCAGUCAGAAGAAUAAUGAGGUAAAAUCGAAAAUGUUACACUACUGGAGAAAUGUUUUUGUAUGACCUUUUAAUAAAAAGAUGAGAGUAAUGAAAACAUC